AGGGCCUUUGCGGACGACAUUGCGGCAGUUACCCCGGACUUUUUCGAGUCCGCUCUGGUCCUGCUUUCCAUUUUCGCAGACCUCGGGCGCAUAUCUGGCUUGCACUCGAAUGUGCCGAAGACCUACGUGGUCCCACUCUUCCGCAGCGACGCGGCGACAGUGUUGCGCGAGGUGCUCUCUGUGCACCCGGGAUGGAGCGGCGUGCUCGACAGGGCGAGCUGGUGGGGGGGCCGCAGGCAGGGGGCUCUACCUGACGACGGCUGCCUACGCGGUGUAUAUUGCAUGUGUCCUCGAAUUCCUCAUGCAGCUGGAUGCCCUGCCACCUCGCUGGGCGACAGUGGAGGCCGAGGUAUUCACCCGUUUAGUACCUGGCUCCAACUUAUGGACAUGCCCGGAUGACCUUCGGCAGCUCCAAGUCUUCGGCUUCCCCCGCGGAUUUGCAGAUCUGCGCACGCGGCAGAGGGCAGCGCAGCUUCGGGUUGCAGCAAUGGAGAACGGCGCCGGGGGCGGCUUGCGGGUAGCAGCCCGCGCCGCUGAGCUCCGCCGCAUUCGCAUGAAUUCCGACAACAUGAUGGUAUGAUGGUGGCCGCUGCUUGGGCGGAUUGGUUCGACCGCUCAUACAUCUGCCAGCUGGACGACAAUCUGACGCAGUGCAGCGCCGCGGGCGUCAGUUCCCACGCAGUCGAGCGGCAGCUUCUGGGAGACGAGAUUGCCCGGCCGCUCACGGAGCAACGAGCCCACAGGCUCCGACGCGGCUUCCAGGGCUGCGCCGCUACUUUGUUGACGACCACUAGGCCAGAGGAGCUGGAGCCGCGCGUGCGGCACAAACUCGAACGCUGGGCGGUCGACCAGUACCCCCGUAUCCGGGUAUCGCAUGGCAUGAGAUUUCUCCGGAUCUUGGGGAAGACUGCGCCUCCCCGGAUUUGGGCGGCACCCUGGCGAGCCAUGUGGAACGGCUGGCCGACUUCACGGCGCACCCAAGGGCGGUCGGGCCUCCCUGGCUGCAUGUUCGGGUGUGCAGAGAGCAGCCAGGAUUCUAUCGAGCACUACGCGAACUGCACGACCGGACACUCCGUCAUGGCAAGAGAUUUGGGCAUGUCCAGGGCGGCCACGCCGCGGGGCCGCGGCCAAUUUCCUGGGCCUUGACCUCCGGGUCGCCGCGGACGACGACGCGGUGAUUUUGCGGGGCAUCCGCUAGGCGGCAAUGUACCGCGUCCACUGCCAUUGCCGUCACGGGCAGCUCCGCCAAGGGCUGGCAGCGGUGGAGGCGCUGCGACAGCUUUGCCGGGGGUCGUGAAAGGCCACCGGCAAGCCAGCCUACGAGGCGGCCCAAGCACGCGGGGGAGGGAAUAGGUGAGGUGACGCGCUUGACAGA